AUGUUCGCCAACAAGCGUUUGAGCAAGGAGCUCUUGAAGUUGCAAGAGCAUGUUCCACCGGGAGUAUCGAUCGCCAAGUCAGAUAACCUGGAAGAGUGGCAGAUGGACAUCAAGGUGCUCGAUGACAACCCGAUCUACCAAGGCCAGACAUAUCGGCUCAAGUUCACCUUUUCGAAUAAAUACCCGAUUGAACCGCCUGAGGUCCAGUUCAUUGAGCUGCCCGCUACCUCCGACACACCUCGCCCGAUUCCCAUGCACCCCCACAUCUACAGCAACGGUAUUAUAUGUCUUGAUCUUCUGAGCUCCUCCGGCUGGUCUCCAGUGCAGACGGUCGAAAGUGUGUGCAUGAGCAUCCAAAGCAUGCUGACUGCGAACUCGCGCAAUGAGCGUCCCCCGGGUGACAGCGACUUUGUUGCAUAUAAUCGCCGUCGGAUUCGGGACAUUCCUUUCGUCUAUGAAGACGAUAACGUGUAA